UUCCUUUCCUCUCCGCCGGCGCGCGCGCGGCCGGCGUCCAGAACCUUCCAGAAGCCUCCCCGGCCGCCCGCUUCCCCGCGAUGUCUCCCCGGAGGAGGGAACGCCGGGUCAUCGCCGCCGCCGGAGCGGCGGCGCUCGUCGCCGUCGGCCUCAACCUCGCCUUCUCCGCCGUCGCCGCCCACCGCCGGAGGAAGCGGCGAGAGCUCCCAGGGUUUACUUCACAAGUCAAUCUCUCAGCUUCUGACAUCAAGAGAUUAGCUGAUCGUGUCAUAGCUAAGUCGAAGGAAACAUAUGAUGCUGUGGGUGCGGUUCCUCUAGAUAAGGUCAGCUUCUCUAAUGUCAUUGCACCUCUUGCGGAAUUAGAUGCUCAGCUUUUCCCACUGGUUCAAGCUUGUGUGCUUCCUAGAAUGGUCUCACCAUCUGAUGAUGUACGGAGGUCCAGUGCAGAAGCAGAGAAGCGAUUGGAUUUUCACUUCCUGCAGUGCAGGCAACGUGAAGAUGUGUAUUGUGUCAUAAAGGCAUUCAUGCAGAAAGGCGAAAGAAUAGGUCUUGAAGCAACAAGAUUUGUCCAGUGCAUGGUAAGAGAGUUUGAACGCAAUGGAGCUAAAUUAACUCAAAGCAAGAAAACAGAGAUGGACAAACUGAAAUCUCACAUUGAUGACUUAAGCUUGAAGUAUAUUCAAAGCUUGAAUGACUCCACAAAAUUUCUUCUAUUAAGUGAGGAAGAGUUGGCUGGGAUGCCACUAGAGUUCUUAAAGGAACUGGAAAACACAGACGGAAAGCGUAAGGUUCUGCUCACCAGUUAUCAUGUUACUCCAAUUCUUGAGCAUUGCAAGGUUGGUUCUACUAGGAAUAUGAUUGCUGUUGCUUAUGGGCAAAAAGGUGGAAAAGAAAAUAUAGCCAUCCUGGAAAAGUUGGUCCAGCUAAGACACCGGCUUGCUAGAUUGCUGGGGUAUCCUAACUAUUCUGAUUAUGCUAUUGAACCUAGAAUGCCGAGGACAUCAAGGAAGGUCUUAGAGUUUUUGGAAGAGAUGUCAGAACAGUUAAAUGACCAAGCUAAUAGGGAGCUCAGCAUACUGAAAGAUCUCAAGAUGAAGGAGGAGGGUGAUGCUCAAUUUGGCGUGGAAGAUCUGUUAUACUAUAUGAAAAGAGCUGAGGAGCUCAAGGUUGAUCUUGACAUUGGUGAAAUUAAACAAUAUUUCCCUGUUGACCUGGUCAUAUCAGGAAUGCUGAAGACGUUUCAAGAUCUGUUUGCACUACGGUUUGAAGAAAUUAAGGAUGCUGAGACUUGGCACGAUACAGUUCGUCUCUUCUCUGUUUGGGAUGCAAGUUCAAGCGAUCUUCUGGGUUACUUUUUUCUGGAUACCUUUUCCAGGGAAGGGAAAUAUUCGCAUACCUGCGUCAUGGCACUUCAGAAUGGAUGCCUAUGUUCUAAUGGUACACGAAAGGUUCCAGUUGCAGUGCUGUUAUCUCAAUGUCCAAAAGAGUGUGAUCGGAAUUCAACACUGCUGAGGUUCCCAGAAGUUGUAAGGAUAUUCCAUGAAUUCAGCCAUGUGGUCCACCAUAUAUCCAACAGAGCCACCUUUUCAAGAUUUUCGGCUCUUCAAGUGGAGGGGGAUUUCGCUGAAAUUCCAAGCCUAUUACUUGAGAAUUGGUGCUAUGAGAACAUUUCUUUAAAAAUGAUGUCUGGCUUCCACCAGGACAUUACGAAGUCUAUCACUAGUGAAGCUUGCCAGUCACUGAAAAGAAGGCGUGAUAUGUUUGCUGGCCUGAAAUUGAAACAAGAGAUCCUUUUGUGCCUUGUUGAUCAGAUAAUACAUACAAGCGAGAAUGUUGACAUCGAUGACUUAAUCAAGGAUCUUCAUCCAAAGGUAAUGCUGGGUAUACCUUUGUUGGAAGGAAACAGCCCAGCUUCAUGCUUUCCACGAAUUGCUAUUGGCUAUGAUGCUGUGUGCUACAGUUACAUAUGGAGUGAGGUGUUUGCUGCUGAUCUAUUUGCAUCAAAAUUUAAAGACGACUUGCUAAAUCAGCACGUGGGGUUGCGGUUUAGAAAUAAGGUAUUGGCUCCAGGAGGCUCAAAAAAUCCCGUUGAUAUCAUAACUGACUACCUUGGACGAGAACCAUCAUUGCAGGCUUUUAUUCAGAGCAAAACAAGGAACAUUUUGUGAAAAAAGUGUAAACCUUGGGGUUCAAUUAGUGUCGAGGAUUUUUUUUCCCCCUAAGGAGGUGGCUAGUGUUGAGUUCUUAUUGUCAUUUGUUUGUUGAACUGUUUAGUCCAACGAGAAUGUUUUUGCAGUGCCAAGAUAUCUUGGAGCUGUCAUUUUUCUAACAUCAAGACCUGUCAAGUUUCAGCCAUAUAGUGCAAUGCUUGUCUAGUGUACAAUUAGCAGGAAAAAUGACUAGGGAAAUGGGGUGAAGGUGACGGUGCUGGAACUUGAAAGAUAACACAAGCAUACAUGUCAAAAGA